GCAAGUGUUGCGCAUGUCAGUACGCAGCACCAAGCGUCAAGUUGCUUAACCUAACAGCUGAGUUCAAAUAAGUUUGUUUUCCUUGUUGCUCAGCUCCGAAGUGAAAGAUGGCCACGCCUCGCCAGCGCCGCAAGUCUCGCUCCAGCAGCCAUGGUGGCCCGUCAGCACGCUCCAAAAAGGCGGCGGUCAAGAAGCUCAAGAAGCCAGCCCCCACCAUUAGAGGUCCCGAGAUCCUCAAGGAAAAGUGGGAUAGAACCAAGACUGUCAGGCAAAACUAUGCCGCACUUGGUCUUGUUUCAUCCUUGCAGAUUCAUCAAUCGGGUGGCUACGACAGAGAUGACCCAUACAAUAAAUCUACAUAUCCCUCCGCCACGUCAAAUGAAACAACUGCUGCAGAUGAUGUUCAGAAGGAUGAAGACAUGACCGAGAACAGCGCGAGCGGAUCGAAGCCUGCGGACAAGGGCAAAGGCAAGGCAGUCAAGAAGGGCAUGGCGCGCAUCAUCAGAGACGCAGAAGGGAAUGUCGUGCAUAUCAUAGAGGCUGAUGACGAAACAGACGCGGUGUAUGAGUCGACCGCAUCUACUGCGCCGUUGAAACCGAAGAGAAAGGGCAAGGACAAGGACAAGAAAAAGGACGUUUCGACUCCCUGGGGCCAACCACUUAACGAUUCAGAUGACGACUUCGCCUUCGAGGACCCGACGGGGGGAACGCGACAGCUGACCAAAGAGGAACGCGCCGAACGUGAUCGGGCCCUUCAUCUUCCCGUUGCAGCGUUGUCAGCACCAACGGGAUUGAACGCAGCAGCAGCAAAGAACGCGAGCGCCGCAUCGCUCAACGCAGCGAAGCUGCAUUCAGCGCUCGACUCACUCGCCGGGGAGCUUUCCGUUCCAGUACCAAGAUUCACCUCCCUGCAGGAAGAAGAGUGGCUCAGGUCUCUGGUGGCUAAAUAUGGGGAGGAUUAUGAGGCGGCCAGCAAAGAUCGGAAGCUCAAUAUUUGGCAGAGAACGCCAGGGGAGAUCAAACGAGCCGUGCGAAAGGCCGGCGGUAAACAGGCACUGUUCUUGGUCUGAGAGCUGCUCGCAAGGUGUAUUUUAGUAUUUUUCUGGACUUGACUGGGUGAACUGUGGCAGAUGAAACUCUCAAUCAAGUUGCACCAGUUUUGUAUUUCUUUUUUUAUCCGACCGUAACCUCUCAUAAAAAAACGAUAUUAAUUCGAAC